UACAAUGGACGAUACCGAGUCGCAUGCCGAGUGCCACUUCAACUGUGAAUGUGACAAUAGUUCAUUGUCUGACCCCAAGUAUGCUCAACUCAAGGGAAUUUUAUCAGAUGAGUAUGAGUACCGCCUGUGCUCUUUCUCAGAGUGUCCUACCAGUGGAGGGUUUACGGCAACUAUUCGCCUGCCAUUGCGAAGUAAAGAUGAAGCAAAAAGCUGGAAGAAAGAGUUCCAGGAGUGCUCAAAGAGUACUUUCCGAGUAUCCAAGACCUAUCCGCAUGUUGGAGAGAAGGUCAUAUUUAAAGAAGACCUAAGAUGUCAACAUAAAACAAGAACUGAAUGCAGUCGCCUAUCUUCCAAAAAUACAAAGUGCAGCGCCACUAUGACAAUCAGUGUAAAGCGCAUAGAGAAAGGGAGAUGCAGAUCAAAAGAUGCACACCUCCAAAUAUUUCCAAUGAUUGUCAACAUGAAUUUCAUCCAUAACCACCUACUGAACUCUGCUGAUGCUCUUCGACACCGUGACGUCUCUGAAGAAGUGACAAAGAAGUUUUUAACAAUGUUUGAAGCAGGCCAUUCGCCAUCUUCUGCCUUAGAACUUCACAAGUAUGACAUGCAGAUAGAUCAUCAAGAUGACUUUAUUUUUGCAAGUGCUGAUCGUGCCAAGAUUCCAGACCUCCAAUGGUGCUACAGGCUAUAUCACACCAUUGCGAAAAAGGCGUAUGGGAACAGUGAUCUCAACAUGAUGAAGGACCUUGAGAAGCUAGUGGAACGUCUAAAUUCAGAAGGAGAAACAAUCAUCAAAAUGAGCACAAGUGACAACCAGCUUAUCGUUGCUAUUUGCACCCCCCUCAUGAAAAGGGUUCAUCAAAUGGUUGAACAGAGUGGUGAGAUGACAUUUGUGGAUUCAUCAGGAAACAUGGACCGUCACAACUUGCGUUUGUUUCUGCUUAUGACACAUAGCUGUUGUGGUGGGUUGCCUCUUGGCUGUCUCAUCACAAGCACAGAAACAGAAAGCACAAUCAAAAGCGCUCUGGAAUUGUUGAAGUCCAUCAUCCUGAAUGAGGCAUUCUAUGGCAGAGGGGUUGAAGGCUCCAUCAUUUUCAUGACGGAUGAUUGCGAAGCUGAGAGAAAGGCGUUAAAGAGCGCCUUUCCAAAAUCCACCCCCAUUCUUUGUGUCUUCCAUGUUUUGCAGGCAGCAUGGCGUUGGCUAUGGGACAGUAAAAACCAAAUUGCAAUGAAACACAGGCAACAGCUGUUCCACCUAGUCAAGGACAUGAUGUAUGCAGAUGAUAAGGCUUCCCUAGUGGAAAGGUAUGAGGCCACCAGAAAUGACACAACAGCAACUUCAUAUCCGUCAUUCAUGACCUACGUCAGUAAGUUGUAUGAUCGAAGACACUUGUGGGCAGUAUGCUUUAGAGAUGACAUGCCCAUUCGUGGGAAUAACACUAACAAUUUUUGUGAAGCUGCAAUGAGGGUUCUAAAGGAAAAGAUACUUCUGAGGAUGAAGGCAUACAAUGCUCUCCAGUUGGUUGAAUUUGUCGUCACCCGAUUGGAGUCUUUCUAUGAAAGACGACUUGUUGAUGUGGCUAACAACCGCCUAGAUUAUGUCAGACAUUCAAAGUACUUUCCUGUUGACAACAAAGUCAGCCUUAGUGACAUUAAACAACUGUCAUCAAAUGUGUACACUGUACCGAGUGAGACUAAAAAGGACACCAUCUACACUGUAAAUACAGAAGUGGGCCUGUGUACUUGUCACAUCGGAAAAAAUGGCGGUCCAUGCAAACACCAAGUUGCAGUUUCGAAAAAGUUCCAAGUGGCAUCAUUGAACAUCAUUCCAGUCACAUCAGCUGAAAGCCGUCAGUUGCUUUACAAAGUUGCUACUGGAAAAGAUGUUAGUCCAGAGUGGUUUACAUCCCUGUGGGAUGACACCAGGAUUGUACCCAGGAGAGAACAGGUUGAGUUUUGUGAGAAUGAUUGCAGUAACGCAGACACUCUAGUAAGCAUGUCUUUGGCAGGCAGCUCUCAUGAGAAGUCCCAUGGUACAGAAUCAUCUACUUCCACUUCGCCUACACGUCUUCAGCUCCAGAAGGACAGCCUAGCUCUCCAGAAUACAGUCCAUAAACAAUUUGACGCAAGGCAGAUAACUAGAAGCAGCAGCAGCAGCAGCAGCAGCAGCAGCGCAUCGGCAACAACCGUUGAGCAAACAACAAGUCCUGAGGAACGAGACGGAAUUAGGGAGGAUUUAAUUGCCUUCGCUUCCAAGCUUGCCACUAAGGUAGAACAUGACCCUGAUACAUUCAAGCCAGCUGUCAAAACGUUCAUAAAGAGUGCAUCGAAACUUCAAACUGACUCGGCACUUAUUUCAGCGUUGAACACUUUUGGAAAGUACUCUGGUCUUUCACAUGUCAUAAACAACAACAAGAAAAAAAUGAGAAUAGCUGGAAUGAAGCAGAUUGGUGUACAGCCAACAGCUAUCGCAAGAAGGAAAAGAGCUUCACUUGGGGGUCGCAAGUGUCUUUCCAGCGGGAGGCUAACAAAGCUUUCUGGUGUGAGUGAGCAUGGCUAUACUAAGCAACCAGAAAAAAGGAAGGCAACACUUGACAUCAGAGGUGGAAUACUCCCACCAAAAAAGAAACCAGCUGCCCCACACAAUAUCUCUGUAUGUGUAAGCAGAAAUCAAAGCCUAGGUAAAACACACAGCAAACAGUAGUGUAACCCUUUAAGGACUGUAGGACUUGGAGGCACCUCGAAAAAGGGAAUUGUGGCCAACUUACUGAACCCCUCUGUCAAUAUUGCUACUCAUUAGAAAGCUUCUCUCAAGGGCAUACAUGUUAAGAUACUGCAAAUAAAUAUAUUUUAGCUAAUAUA